AUGUUCUUUACCGCAUUCUCUCUCUCUCGCCCUGCCGCAUUCGCUCACUCUCGCUCUUCCGCAUUCUCUCUCUCUCGCUUUGCCGCAUUCUCUCUCUCGCCCUGCCGCAUUCUCUCUCUCGCCCUGCCGCAUUCUCUCUCUCUCGUGCGCGCGCGCGCGCUCUGCCGCAUUCUCUCUCACGCCCUGCCGCAUUCUCUCUCUCUCGCUCUGCCGCAUUUGCUCACUCUCGCUCUUCCGCAUUCUCUCUCACUCUUGCUCUGCCGCAUUCUCUCUCUCUCUCUCUCUCUCUCUCUCUCUCUCUCUCUCUCUCUCUCUCUCUCUCUCUCUCUCUCUCUCUCUCUCUCUCUCUCUCUCUCUCUCUCUCUCUCUCGUGCGCACGCGCGCGCGCUCUGCCGCAUUCUCUCUCACGCCCUGCCGCAUUCUCUCUCUCUCGCUAUGCCGCAUUCGCUCACUCUCACUCUUCCGCAUUCUCUCUCACUCUUGCUCUGCCGCAUUCUCUCUCACACCCUGCCGCAUUCUCUCUAUGGCUCUGCCGCAUUCGCUCACUCUCGCUCUUCCGCAUUCUCUCUCACUCUUGCUCUGCCGCAUUCUCUCUCUCUCGCCCUGCCGCAUUCGCUCACUCUCGCUCUUCCGCAUUCUCUCUCUCUCGCUCUGCCGCAUUCUCUCUCUCACGCCCUGCCGCAUUCUCUCUCUCGCCCUGCCGCAUUCUCUCUCUCUCUCUCUCGUGCGCGCGCGCGCGCGCUCUGCCGCAUUCUCUCUCACGCCCUGCCGCAUUCUCUCUCUCUCGCUCUGCCGCAUUCGCUCACUCUCGCUCUUCCGCAUUCUCUCUCACUCUUGCUCUGCCGCAUUCUCUCUCUCUCUCUCUCUCUCUCUCUCUCUCUCUCUCUCUCUCUCUCUCUCUCUCUCUCUCUCUCUCUCUUGUGCGCACGCGCGCGCGCUCUGCCGCAUUCUCUCUCACGCUCUGCCGCAUUCUCUCUCUCUCGCUCUGCCGCAUUCGCUCACUCUCGCUCUUCCGCAUUCUCUCUCACUCUUGCUCUUCCGCAUUCUCUCUCUCUCUCUCUCUCUCUCUCUCUCUCUCUCUCUCUCUCUCUCUCUCUCUCUCUCUCUCUCUCUCUCUCUCUCUCGUGCGCACGCGCGCGCGCUCUGCCGCAUUCUCUCUCACGCCCUGCCGCAUUCUCUCUCUGGCUCUGCCGCAUUCGCUCACUCUCGCUCUUCCGCAUUCUCUCUCACUCUUGCUCUUCCGCAUUCUCUCUCUCUCUCUCUCUCUGUCUCUCUCUCUCUCUCUCUCUCUCUCUCUCUCUCUCUCUCUCUCUCUCUCUCUCUCUCUCUCUCUCUCUCUCUCUCUCGUGCGCACGCGCGCGCGCUCUGCCGCAUUCUCUCUCACGCCCUGCCGCAUUCUCUCUCUGGCUCUGCCGCAUUCUCUCUCUCUCGCUCUGCCGCAUUCUCUCUCUCGCCCUGCCGCAUUCUCUCUCGCGCUCUGCCGCAUACUCUCUCUCUCUCUCUCUCUCUCUCUCUCUCUCUCUCUCUCUCUCUCUCUCUCUCUCUCUCUCUCUCUCUCUCUCUCUCUCUCUCUCCCUGCCACUCUCACGCUACCUCUCUCUGCCACUCUCGCAUCCCCGCUCAUUGCCGCUCUGGCUCUCUGACGGCCCCACUUGCUCUGUCACACCCUUUUCCCUCAUCUCCCUGGCCAGUUCACCUCAGUCCCUCUCUUGCCAAAUUCCCUCCUCCUUUGCCACGUUCACUCCCUCUCUGCCCCAUUCACUCACGCUCUGCCCCAUUCACUCCCUCUCUGCCCCAUUCACUCUCGCUCUGCCCCAUUCACUCCCUCGUUGCCCCAUUCACUCCCUGUCUGCCCCAGUCAGUCCCUCUCUUGCCAAAUUCCCUCCUCCUUUGCCACGUUCACUCCCUCUCUGCCCCAUUCACUCACGCUCUGCCCCAUUCACUCCCUCUCUGCCCCAUUCACUCACGCUCUGCCCCAUUCACUCCCUCUCUGCCCCAUUCACUCACGCUCUGCCCCAUUCACUCCCUCUCUGCCCCAUUCACUCACGCUCUGCCCCAUUCAAUCCCUCUCUGGCCCAUUCACUCACUGCUCUGCCCCAUUCACUCCCUCUCUUCCCCAUGCAUUCAGAUGAGCUACCGCUGCCCUGCCUGCAAGGUCAACACCUUCUUGACCCAAAAGGGCAUGGAGAGUCACAUGCGUAG